AUGUGUGCAAGCGCAAAGGAUGAGGAAGCAUUAUGCCCAACGAAAGAAGUCAAUAUGGAGCCUCAGAAGAAGAAAGCAAGGGACAGGAAGUUCAAAAUUGUCCCUAUCUUGGAAGGUGAUGUUUGUAAGGAAGAAAUUCCACUAAUUGAGUAUUGGGUUCUUAGUGUGCCUUGUUUGACUGCGAUUGGCAAGCUGCUGCCGCUUCUGCCCCCCAUGCCGACCGAAGCGGGUCAUUUGAAACGAAUUAAAGAUGGUCGUAUUUUGGUUCAACCGUCAACUGUUCCGCUGCAGGAUAAUUUUAUUACCAGCUUAUCUUCUCAGUUAGGUACGGAAUUGUCUCUGUCAUCGGUAUUAGUGCCAGAAGUGAAGCCAUGCACGAGACGUCAGUUUCAGUGGGCUAAGGAAAGGUGGCCUACCGCAUUCCAUCCGAACAAAGAUAUUGAAAAACUUUUGGCUGGAUCUUUCUUUGACGAAGAUGAACACGAAAAAAUUAUUGGAUUCUUUUUGGAAGCAGAAAAAAUUGGUGGAGAUGGCUCAGGCUGCAUCAUCGUUGAUUUAAAGGGAAAGGUUGUUGCCAAAAGCGCGGAACGUCCUGUUACUUUGGGUCACGCAGUGAUGUGUGCUGUGUCUGAUCUUUGUGAAGCCCAUCGUAUUGGGAACAGUGAUGUUCUUCAAUAUCUUGGAACGGGGUUUGAUGUUUUUCUGACUGAAGAACCUUGUGCUAUGUGUGCUAUGGCUUUGGUACAUUUUCGAGUUGGCCGCGUUUUUUUUGGUAAAAGGAAGCUUAGAGGGGGUGCUCUGGAGUCUUCGUGGCGCAUUCAAGAAGAAAAAAGGCUUAAUCAUCAGUACAAAGUUUUUAGGAUUGAGGAACUUUAA